AAAUCCGCAUACACCCUGCCUCUGAAGUCUGGGGAAAUGAGUCACGUUCAGUUGAGCAAAAACAGAUGACGGAGAGAAAGCGCCGAGCAACGCACGGCAAAACAAGAGGCUGAGAAAUGGUCAAACAAGUGGUAACAACAAUAUGUUUUAUUCUUUUUCAUUGUAUUAUCAGUUACUGGGCGUUUUUGUCCUCUUGCAGUGUCCACUCAUCCGCAAAAACGAUACCAGCAAUUGCCAGGUAUUUUGGCACCAAAGGUCGGUAUGAGGAGGUUAACCCGUACCUAAUCGAUGACAUUCUCGCCAUAAACAAUUCCCUUGUGACGCUCCCUUCCUUGAAAUGCAACGCAAUUCAUUUGACAGCUGUAAUCCGACAUGGGACGAGGUUCCCGACCACUAAAAACAUACAAAAGAUGCGGGAAUUCUAUAACCUCGUCGUGCGUGAUGCGUCCGGCAACUUGAACUGCUUGUGGGAGAUAAAGUCAAAUUGGAAGAUGUGGUACAGGGAUGAAAUGGACGGGCGACUGGUGGACAAGGGCCGUGAAGAUCACAAACACUUGGCGCAGAGAUUAAUCAGGUGGUUCCCAUCUCUGCUGACAAAGGAUAAUUUGCGUCACGGACGCGUAAAACUGAUAACCAGUUCCAAGCACAGGUGUGUGAACAGUACCAUCGCUUUCAGAGCGGGACUAAUGGAAGGACUGAAAACACAAGUUGAGUUGGAGCAUGCUGUGAAUGACACAUUGAUGCGUUACUUCGACCAGUGUGAGAGGUUUGUGAAAGAAGUGGAGAAAAACAAGAGUGCCUUGGAGGAAGUGAAAUGCUUUAUCGAAGGCCCUGAGAUGAAAAGAACAAUGGAGAAAAUGGCUGACAGACUGGAGGUCCCUUAUGCCAGCAUCACAGAUAAUUCAGUGGAGGCAGCAUUCUACCUGUGUGCAUAUGAGUUUACUAUCAAUGGGUUGAACUCACCCUGGUGCCAGUUGUUCGACGAGGUAGACGCACAGGUGAUGGAGUAUGCUGGUGACCUGAAACAAUACUGGAAACGAAGCUACGGUCAUGAAAUCAACAGCAAGUCCAGCUGCAUCCUCUUCCACGAUCUAUUCCAUCGCCUUGACCGAGUUGUAGCCCAGAUCAAAUCGAAUGGUGUAGUAUCAGAGGUUGUAACAGUGCAGGUUGGCCAUGCUGAGACGCUUAUACCCCUCCUCACCCUGUUGGAACUGUUUAAGGAUGACAUCCCUCUCAACUCUACUAACUUUGCCACCCAACAGAACAGAAUUUUCCGGAGUGGGCACAUUGUGCCGUACGCUGCCAACCUGCUGGUUGUGCUGUAUCAAUGCCCGGAUGGGAUUAGAAUGGGGAUGCGACUUAAUGAGAAACCUUUGACCCUUCCUGGACUCAGUGAUCCUGUUCCCUUGUAUGAGGAUGUGAAGAUGCACUAUAGCGCUUUGUUAGGGGGUUGUGACCAAGAGACUGUGUGUAAAAUAAACAACUCAUAAUACAGAACCACGUAACACACAGAGACCAAAAGCUGGCAUACAAUUUUAUGGCACCAAAAAUGUUUUUCAAACAAAUUUGUUGAAGAACAGUAUAUUAAAAAAAUUGAAAUACA